UCUUUCGACUAUGAUUUUCCUAUUUUGUUGAGUUUGGAGAAAAUCACAAGUAUGGUGCCUUUUUGUUCUCUGGAGGCCUUGGAGAGAAAGAAACCUUACGUGGCCAUGCUAUUUGUACAAUGCAUAUAUGCAGGGAUGACUUUAUUCUCAAAAGUUGCUUUGGAUGUGGGUAUGAAUCAAUAUGUGUUUGUUGCGUAUAGGCAGGCCACCGCCACCAUCUUCUUGGCCCCCUUUGCUUACUUUCUCGAAAGGAAGAAGGUUCCUCAAUUAUCAUUCACAGUGCUCCUGAAGAUAUUCUUCGUUUCUUUUUUUGGGAUAACCUCGAGUUUAAACAUAUACUGCAUUGGACUAAAAUACACUUCGGCAACGCUUGCCAGUGCAACUACGAACUCAGUACCGGUCAUGACCUUUUUGUUGGCUCUCCUCUUUCGAGUGGAGAGUGUACACAUUAGGAGCCUACGGGGACUGGCAAAGGUGAUAGGUGUUAUGGUGUGCAUGGGAGGAGCCUUAAUAAUUGCAUUAUACAAAGGCCCUCCUUUAAAUCAACAUCAUCUCACUCUUGGAGAGACCCACACGGUUGCCUCUCAUAUUGAUGUUGCUUCUGGUAGAGAUUGGAUAAAGGGCACUUUUCUUUUGCUUGCUGCCAAUGCGACAUGGUCUUUGUGGCUUGUAUUGCAGGGUCCUCUUGUUAUGAGUUGUGGUUCAAAUUUACUGUUGACAACGCUGCAAUGUCUCUUUAGUUCUCUUCAAUCUGCACUUGUGGCGCUUGCCCUUGAGAGGAGCCCCAACUCCUGGAAACUCGGAUGGGACCUUAAACUCAUCUCUGUGGCUUACUGCGGGAUCGUGGUCACGGGGAUAUCUUUCUGGCUACAAGUGUGGUGUAUAGAGAAGAAAGGUCCUGUCUUCAUGGCCAUGUUUACUCCACUUGCUCUUCUCAUAACUGCUAUUUUUUCCACCAUCGUAUGGAGUCAGCUUAUUUAUUUGGGAAGCGUAUUGGGAGGAGCUUUGCUAAUAAUCGGACUCUACUUCGUUCUGUGGGGAAAGAGCAAAGAGGAAAAAGUGCCUGUGGAUUUCAAUGAAACGGUUUGAGAAACAAAGAGAAAGAAGCAUUGAUUAUGUGAUUCAAAGAUUAAGCUUGUGUACUAGGAAAAAGCCACUACUUAAAACCUCUUCUAGUUCCUAUAUUUAUACGGUAAAUUUCACAAUGAUUCACGAGAUUAAGCUUGUGUACUAGGAAAAAGCCACUUUACUUGGACCUCUUAUUGUCCCUAUAUUUAAACUGUAAUUAGCCACUUUACUUAGACCUCUUAUAGUCCCUAUAUUUAAACUGUAAUUAGCCGACCCUAG